AUGAUGAUAGAGUUCGUAUUUAUAGAGUCUGAAUCUAUAUUUAAAUCUACUAUAUUUAAAUACACUUUAUCAUGGAUAACUUACAUCUAUUAUCUAUCUAUCUAUCUAUCUAUUUAUCUAAUCUAUCUCAAUCUGUUCAUUAUCCAUCAUCUAUCUAUCUAUCUAUCUAUCUAUCUAUCUAUCUCAGUCUGUUCCUUAUCUAUCUAUCUAUCUAUCUAUCUAUCUAUCUAUCUAUCUAUCACACACUCUUCUUUAUCUAUCUAUCACACACUCUUAUCUAUCUAUCUAUCUAUCUAUCUAUCUAUCUAUCUAUCUAUCUAUCUAUCUCAAUCUGCUCAUUAUCUAUCUAUCUAUCUAUCUAUCUAUCUAUCUAUCUAUCUAUCUAUCUAUCUGUCAAUCUGCUCAUUAUCUAUCUAUCUAUCUAUCUAUCUAUCUAUCUAUCUAUCUAUCUAUCUCGGUAUGUUCAUUAUCUAUCUAUCUAUCUAUCUAUCUAUCUAUCUAUCUAUCUAUGUUCAUUAUUUAUCUAUUGCAUCUAUCUAUCUAUCUAUCUAUCUCAAUCUGUUCAUUAUCUAUCUAUUUGUUGUUUCAUUAUUAUCUAUCUAUCUAUCUAUCUAUCCUAUCUAUCUAAUCUAUCUAUCUAUCUAUCUAUCUAUCUAUCUAUCUAUCUAUCUAUCUAUCUAUCUCAGUCUGUUCCUAUCUAUCUAUCUAUCUAUCUAUCUAUCUAUCUAUCACACACUCUUAUCUAUCUAUCUAUCUAUCACUGUUCAUUAUUUAUUUGCACCUUUAUUUUCUUUCUUUCUUCCUUCCGUCCACCCUUCUUUCCUUCCUUCCUUCCUUCCUUCCUUCCUUCCUUCAAUUCCUUUCUUUCUUUCUUUCUUUCUUUCUUCGUUCAUUUGUUCGUGCCUUACUUUCUUCUUUUCUUUCUUGCUUCACCUGUAUUUUCUUUCUUCUUUCCUUUCGUCUUUUCUUUCUUUCUUUUUUGUCCCACGUGGCCAUUCUUAUACUUCUCCUCUAUUUAUCUUAAGCUUUAUUUUCUUUUUCUUUCUUUCUUUCUUUCUUUCUUUCUUCGUUCGUUCCUUUUUUUUCUUCCUUCCUUCCUUCCUUGCUCGACGUAGUAAUUUUUAUUCCACUCUUGUGUUUAUCUUAGCAUUGAAGCUUUGUUUUCUUUCUAUCUCUAUUCUUUCUUCAUUGUACACACGCUCUCUCUCUCUCUUCCUUUCACUCUCACUCUCUCUUUCUCUCACUCACACAAACACAUAUACACUCACAUGUGUGCAAAAUUACAUAUAUGCAUGCAAAUGUUCAUCAUUUCCCUGUGUUCAUAUCUAUCUAUCUAUCUAUCUAUCUAUCUAUCUAUCUAUCUAUCUAUCUGUCUGUCUGUCUGCCACACAAAUAUUUCCAACUUAA